CAGGCGAGUGUGUAUAAGCAUGCUGUGAGGACAGCUGCGACAGGCCGAUACAGAUACUCACACCGGUGUAAUGUGACAGAAACAGAAGACAAGGUGUGCGGGUGAAGCCAGAGGUUUCCUCCUGUUUUUAACCAGCAGGCUGGACCGCUACGUCUUCUAAAGGUCUUCCUGAUGUGGCAGAUUUGGAAUUAGAGCACCAUGUUGGAGCCUCCAGAGCCCAGUCAGGAGAUUGUGGAGUGGCUGUCCACCCUCCGCCUGUCCCAGUAUACCUCAUGUUUCCAGCAGGGAGGUUACCAAACAUUGGAAGACUGCAAGGACGUCACAGAAGAGCGCCUUGUGGAGCUUAAAGUGGUUCCAACAGGCCAUCGGAGGCGCAUCCUCCGCAGUUUGGAAGCACUAGGGGUGAAGCCUCAGAGCGGUGGAGAAGAUGAGGAAGAAGAGGAAGAGGGAGGGGUAGAGAAUGGGAGGUGCCGGAGGAAGCCGGUGCCACAUCCGAGGCAUAUCUUUCUAAAAGAUAAAACAAGGGGGACUUCAUGUCAGCACCAUCAGCCAAAGGAGAGGAUGGAAUAUGAGUUGGAGGGGAGUCAGACUUUGCCUCCAGGAACAGGACUGGGAACAGAAAUGGAGGACGGAUACCUCUGCCCGCCUAAACCGGCCCCACGUAAUCCCCAGAACAUCCGAACAUCCAUGUCUGUACAUACCAGCAUCCCUCCUUCUGUGUCCUCCAGCAGCAGCAGCAGCAGCAGCAGCAGUGAAUCCAUCUGCAUUUCAGAAAUGCCUUCAGACUGGGAAAUUUGCUCAGAGGACCCCUCCCUGUCAAGCAGCGACUCUGUCCGCUGUUCUGCUGAAAUACCCAACCUAACAGUGACAGAGGGCCAUGAGGGUUUUCAUGGUGAAAUGGUGGAGAACUCCAUCUAUGAGUCACAGCCUUGUUUUAAGGUUCCUGCCGGUCCGCGGCUCACUCGCUCCUACAGGCUGAGGCACCGGCCCGUUCCUGAAAUCCCGUAUCAGACAAUACCACCAUUUCAGGACAGGAGCACACCACCAGCGCAAACAACCAGCCCUGAACACCUAACUGGCUCCGAAGGUCCCACUGGUGCAAACGGCGUACAGAAAGCUACACUUCAAAGAACCCUGACGCCUAUUGCUCCCUACGGAGAAAUGUUCCUGUACAACAACCCUGAAAGCCCUCCGGACCAUGGUGUUAAAGAAGGUUUACAGAAGGGGUUUAAGGACAUGAUAAAGCAGAAGAAACAGAGGAAAAAGUCACCUAAACACAAAGCGUCAAAGGAAAAAGGUUCUCCACCAGCUCCAGCUAUCCAAGACCGCUACAAAGAUGAGUAUUCAACAGUGGAUGAGUGUGUCAGCAUUUUGCCGCGAGCAAUUUCGGACCAAAGUUUCACCCUGACCCCUGAAACUCUUGCCGUUGGUCCAGUUGCCUCUGGCCCUAAGGAUGGAUCCUUGAUCAUGGUGGAGUGUGACCUCUACUCAGAGUCUGCAGAAGCCCUGGGGGGUGUGGGCAGAAAUGCAUUGCCUGAUAUUUCUCCAUAUGCAUGCUUCUAUGGAGCGCCCAAACACCAGGUGCUCAAAGUGGGCUGGCUGGACAAACUGUCACCUCAAGGAAAAUGUGUUUUUCAAAGGAGGUGGGUGCGAUUCGAUGGCGAGAGUCUGGCCUACUACAACAAUGACAAGGAGAUGUACUCCAAAGGUAUGAUCCUGGCCAGUGCUAUCAGACAGGUACGAGGACUGGGUGAUAACAAGUUUGAGGUAGUCACCUCACUUCGGACCUUCAUAUUCCGGGCUGAAAGAGAAGGGGAGCGCCAGGAGUGGAUGGAAACUCUUCAGACGGCCACGCGCCCCCCUGCCUGCGGCUCCCAGAAGCCCUCCGACAGCCUCUCCCACCCCUCCUCCACAAACAAACGAGGUUUGCUGGAGCUCCGUGGUUACAAAGGCAGAGUGCUGGUGUCCCUGGCGGGGAGUAAAGUCAGGCUCUGCAAAACAGAACAGGACUAUAAAGCGGGGCUGGCUAUUGCUGAAGUGGAACUGACUGCUGCCAAUAUUAGAGACAUGGACCGCAGGGGCUUUGAAGUCAACACACCCUUCAAGAAUUUCUGCUUCACGGCCGAGUCAGAACGGGAGAAGGAGGAGUGGAUUGAAGCGGUCCAAGAAUCGAUCGCUGAGACACUCUCCGACUAUGAAGUGGCAGAGAAGAUCUGGUUCGACGAGGCCAACAGGAGCUGCGCCGACUGUCGCGCCCCGCAGCCGGAGUGGGCGUCUGUCAAUCUGGGUGUGGUCAUCUGUAAGAAAUGUGCAGGACAACACCGCUCCCUCGGCCCGAGUAUUUCCAAAGUGCGGAGCUUGAAGUUGGACAGCAGUAUCUGGAGCAAUGAGCUAGUGGAGCUCUUCCUGGAGGUGGGGAACAAGAAUGCUAACAGUUUCUGGGCUGCUAAUCUUCCCUUGGAGGAGGACCUGCACAGCGGGGCCUCGGCGGAGCAGCGCGCCACGUUCACCCGCAGGAAGUACAGGGAGAGGAAGUACCGGAGGGUCGUGGAGGGCUUUCAUGACCUGGAGCAGCUCAACCAGGGGCUGUGUGCAGCUGUGGUGUUGCCCGACGUGCUGCAGACCAUGGCGCUGGUCUUCAGUGGGGCAGAUGUUAUGUGUGCCACUGGAGAUCCAACCUACUCCACCCCCUAUCUCUUGGCUCAACGUGCUGGACAGAAGUUACAGAUGGAGUUUCUGCACCAGAACAAACUAUCUGAUUUCCCCAGACUCGAGCAGUGGUCGGAGAAUCCCUCGCUGUCUGACGCUUCCCUCUUCAUGGAUGGCUUCCUCUACAUCUCCUCUGGCCCUGCCAAGUCGACAUUGGAGCGCCGCAGAAGAGAUGACAUGACACGUCGUUGGUGCACACUGGAGGGUGGCUUCCUGAGUUACUAUGAGAACGAGAGAAGCCCGUCGGCCAUCGGCAGGGUGGAUGUCACUGCGGUGGUUAGCCUGGCCAUCAGCAACACGGAGACAAUGACUGGAGCUGGGGCUGUGUUUACCGUGGAGCUGUACCUGCAGACCGAGCGAGCGCUGGUUGUCGGAGCUGAAACUCAGGAAACGCAGCAUGACUGGAUCCAGGCACUGACAAAGUGCUUCGUCCCGUCCAAAGUGGAGGGACUGGUGCAGAAAGACAGCGAGCUGAUUGGCAGACUGCACUACAAAGAGGGGCAUGACCUGUACCACUGGAGGUUGGGCUGGUUUAUGCUGGAAGGCUCUGCUCUGCACUUCGGCUCAGGAGAAGAGGAGGGCGAGCAGGAAGUCCUUCAACUCAAACAACUACAGGAGCUCACUGUCUCCACACAUACCGAGGGCGAGGACAAGAUCCAAGUCCUGCUGAUGGUGGAGGGCAGAAGAACAGUUUACAUCCAUGGCUUCAACAAGACGGACUUUGCACUGUGGCACUCUGCCAUCUCGAUGGCCGCUGACACAGAUGGCAAGGCCCUCAGUGACCAACAGCUGACUAAGAAUGGAGUCCCUAUAAUAGUCGACAGUUGCAUUGCUUUUGUCACUCAGUAUGGUUUAUGCAAAGAGGGGGUCUACCAGAGGCCCGGGGACCCUGGGAGAGUCGCCUUGCUCCUGCAGGAUUUCACCCGCAGCGCCCGUAACGUGAAACUGAGAGAGAAGGAGCACCAGCUGGAGGACGUGACAGACACCCUCAAGAGCUUCUUAACCCAAGCCGAGGACGCGCUGCUGACCAAGGAGCUCUAUCCAUACUGGGUGUCCGCCCUAGAUGAGAAGGAUGAGAGGCAGAGAGUGAAGAAAUACUCCACUUUCAUAGAGAGUCUGCCAAAGAUAAACAGGUCAACCCUCGAUGCUCUGCUGCAACAUCUGUACAGGAUCCAGCAGUGUUCUCACAUCAACCACAUGCCGAGCGAAAAACUGGCCUCCGUCUUCUCCUCCUGCUUGUUCCAGACUCGGGGACAAACCCCACAGGAAAUUAGCGUGGUGCAUGACCUCAUCAACAACUACAUUACACUCUUCAGUGUCAAUGAAGACCAGGUGCAACAGAUGGAGAGAGAGAAUAGUUUCAUCACACGCUGGAACGACAAGAAGGACACCACAUUCUCUCCAGCUGGGGACUUGAUCUUCGAGGUGUACCUGGAAAAGAGAGAGCCAGAGAACUGCUGUUUAAUCAAGGUCUCUCCCAGCAUGUGCUCAACGGAGCUCGCUGAAACGGCGUUGAGCACGAAGAACGUCGCCUUCAGCAGUGAUGACCUCUGGACCACCUUCGAAGUCAUUGAGAAUGGAGAGCUAGAGCGCCCGUUGCACCAAAGUGAGAAGAUUCUUGAGCAGGUGUUGGAGUGGAGUACCUUGGACUGCCCAAGCUCAGCUUUUCUUGUUAUAAAGAAGUUUGCAGGGGCCAAAAGAGUGGCUGAUGGGAAAGCAGACCAAAGGCAGUUUAUUAAAGGCGACCAUCUGAAGUUCAGUGAUGGAUCCUCCAAACUGCUGUCGGGGCACAAAUUCCAAGACAAAUAUCUUGUACUACGUGCAGAGAAGCUGCUGCUCUACAGAGAUAUCAAAAGCACUAAAGCAGAGAAAGUGAUCCAGCUCAAGUCUCUGAAAUGUUACCUAGGCCUGAAGAAAAAGCUCAAACCUCCAACCAGCUGGGGCUUCACAGUCUACACUGAUAAACAACAAUGGCAUUUGUGCUGCGAGAAGAGGGAGGAGCAGGUCAGCUGGGUGACGGACAUAAUCAGGAUGAAGGCAUCGUGCCAACCUGAUGCUUCACUCCCAACUCUUGCCAUCCAUGGCUUUCACAAGCUUUGAAGGAAGGAAUGCAGGCAGGCAAGUACAAAGGCAGAUUUAAAAGGCCAGAUAUUGGUUUAAAAAAGGGGGGGGGGGAAACAGCUACACGGUUCAGUAUCUCUAUCCUUGGUAUUUGCUUUGACUUGUGUACUGAUUUGAUGAAAAUUGAAAUUACCAAAGAGAAGAAAUUUCCUUUUUCAACAUCGCUCCCCACUGUAGUGUUCAGGGGACAGACUGACAAUUUAAUUCUGUAAUUUAACUGAUGUAUUAUCUGUGUGGCUGAGCACUAAAAAUAGUUUGUAGUAUUACUUUGAUUCAGAAAGUCACACAGUUAGCAGUUAGCAAAUUGGGGGCUGACAUUGUUAGCUGUUAGCCGUUGCUUUGUUCCAUCUGUGAUUUGAGCUCCUUGUACGCUCCUCCACUACUCUGUACAUUACAACAUGUCAUGAUUCAAAUCACGGUGUAAUGGACUUAGUGCUGACAUUGCAUGAUUCUCGUUGCUGUGAGUUUUUACAGUAUGGUCAUUAAGCCAUGACAGGAUCCUUUGAAAGAAUUUCCAAGUAGCUAAUUAGCCUAACUCGCUAGCUCCACUUUUCAAGUAAAAUCAGAAGAACAGGUCCCCACAAAUGUUUAGUGUUAAAAUGUAACCGCUUAAACCACAAACGGUAGAUGUUUUAACAGCUUUAAUUAUCACUAAUGGUACAUAACCAACAGUACAUGGACUGAAACAAACGUCCAACAUCCGCUUACUAUUCUACUAUUCAGAGCUAUGACUCCACUCAGUUUCAAACCACAGAUAUUGUAAGCAAAGUUUCCACAAAAAUGUCUAAAGUACUUUUAUCCUCUUUUGACAAAUAACUGCCUCAGUUUUAUUUCCUUAUACAAAAAAAAAAAAAAAAACUAAUUUCAGUUGACUUUACUAUAUGGUGUGAUAAAGAAAAAGCAGCACAAGGGAAUAGAGUGAACUUCCAGAUCUACAGAAGGAGGUGAGUUGUUCAUUAUAUGAAAAAAAAGUCUUUAAGCAAAUAACAAUAGAAUUAAAAAACAAAGGCGUGUCUUUAGGGGCAGGAGGGAACCUUUGUUUCUUUCCUUUCGAAGUUGUGUUGUGUAAUUACACCAUUACAGCAAAUCAUGCCUCUCAAACAUCUUAUGUUGUGUAACCCUCUCGCCACCGGCUCGUGAUAUGAGGAACGCUUUCAGAUAUAGUUAUUAUAACAUUCACCUCCUUUUAUCUCCAAUAAUCAAUUAAAUGGCGAACGGGACAUCUCAUUGUAUAGUUAACAUGUCUAGGGUAAACAAUGAUCCUCACUCUUUCAUAACACUCAAUGAGAGGCUGAGGGAAUAACCCUGGCUUUGACAAAUAAAUGAAUUUACUGCCGGACAUAUGAAUUAUCUUACUCAGAUACUUACUGUAUGAAUUGACAAAUAAUAGUACAACACAGUUUCUCAGUCUCUCAGUCUUGUAUUAAAGGACACAAUAAAUCUUCCACGUGAGAAAAUAAUAAACAUUUGUAUGGAAAAUAAACAAGGAAACACCCAAAAUAAAAUUGACCCGGGAUUUUAUUUUUCUCAGUCUACUAGUUUAAACAACCUGAGUGCACUCUGUGUUUAUUAUUUGGUCUUUUUAGCAAGCUUGCAUUAAUUCGUUGGCGCGCUUUAUGUUGGAGCUCAUGAAAAACAGGACGCAGUACUGUUUACCUCCAUUAGAAAAGAUGAAACAGCGGACUACCACCUCCGCAUUAAUCCUCCUCGUCAGGCCUGGCCCAGCCCGCAACAAGUAGCAGCAGCCUCCACACUCCCAACAGCAGCAGACAGCAAGCAGAUGGUCUCCAGCCUCAGCAAAACGUCCGCGACGACCGCUGCAGCUCUUCCCGACCCGUCUCCUCCUCUCGUCUGUGCAGAUGAAGUGUUGUCCGACCGCUCUCCCUCGACGGCGGCAACCGUGAUGAGCUAACGUGGCUAACUCGACGCUCUCGGUAGCCGGAAAAACACGUUAUCAAUAAACUGUCCAAAACUCUGUUAAAGCCACCUCUGAGUUUUUUCUUCAGUAGCCAGAUUUACACAGUCCAACAUGAAAACCCCAAAUAACCAAAAAACGUCGGCAAUCACUCUCCCACAAAAUGCAGCUCUUCUCUCUCUAGCCCAUCGUUCGUCUCUCCCUUUUUUCGUAACCCCACGUGAACACCAACAGAGGUCAACCGGAAGACAAAAACAUCCAGGUCAUUAAUUCUUCAAAAUAAAAUGACAAUUACCGUUAUGCUUUUCUUUUGAUAAUGAACUGAACCAUUUUUAAAAGUAUUACUUUUAGAUGC